UUGUUAUGCAAUCAAAAGCCUCACUACAUAUGCCCGGCUGAUCUUAGUGUUGGGGUCGGAGGUACAAUGAGCCGAGUCACAAGCUGAGCCCCAGCGGCCGCGUGCGUCAUUCUGCACGAGAGGGGGACACCAUGGGCCUUAGCUUUCGCGCUCUUCUUUUCCUCUCUAUCCCUCAAUCUCCGUUUGGUCGCCUGAAUGCGCGGUUACUUGUGCUAGAAACAACACGGGAAUCUUGCGAGUAUUCUCUUUGCGUUGAGCACACGCUGUCUGUAUCGCCUUCGGCCUUGUAACAUUCCUACGAUUCGUAUUCCGAAACGUGGCUGUGAGUGUGGAAACACAGCGAGACAGCUGCCAGAAUGAACUACGCAUCAUGGAUAGAAGAGAAGAAACUCAAGCAAACCUUCAUCGUCGCUACAUUGGCCUCGACCCUUGUCGGCACUUUCUCAGCCUCUCUGGGCCUCUGGGAACGUAUUGCGGAUAGACGCGCUCAGCGCCGACAGAAACAAACCGAUUCCAAGCAGGACGAGGAAAUCAAGGGGCUAAAGACGGCGUUUCAAGAGGCGCAGGAAAAGGCAGAAAAGAGACAGCAGGAAAUCGAUCGGUUACGGAAUGGAGGACGGGACGAUGUGGGAAAUGUUUUUGAGAGGGACAUGACGAUGGUCCAGAGAAUGUAUGAUCAAGGCUAUGGAAGAAUGGGCAACCGAUUCGCAAUAGGUGAUCCAAUUAUCGAGAAUCAACUCCAAGCGCAAAUCAUCUCCCUCCAGCAGACCGUUAUCAGUGUCCUCCAGGACGCUCUCUACAGCGACCGCCAACUCUCCCACUCCGACAUAUCAAAACUCAUCGCCGCCUCCAAUCAAGCUCGAGAAGGCUCCCUCGAAGCCCUGCGACAAGCCCAACGGCGCCUGGGAGGCUCCCAAGUUGGCAGUAGGUCUCAUCGUUCUCUAUCGCCUCCACGCUCGCUCCCGCUCUCACAACGCGCGCCGACGGUUGUACCCGACGGCCCCGAACAGCUCUUUUGCCAAUAUGCCCUCGAUCUCCAACAUUCCCAAAGUAAGCCCCUGGCAGCUACCUUUGCGCCAGGAGGCAGAUGUGUAUGUCCUGUCUGCGGUAUUCAAGCCGACGUCACUAGCGAGGACUUUUGGAUGAUAGGAAAGCGAAUACCCAUUACAGUCUAUGACAAGACCACGGGCUAUGAAUCAGAAAUACUGGAGACCCGUGAGUUCCGCCUUGGACAGCGCUUCGUCGUCAAGUGCCACACCCCAGACGGCGAGUACGCGUGUACCAUUUGCAACAAGGGCAGCGAAGUGGAUGCCAUUUGUCGGACCGUGGAAAGCCUAGUCAAACACGUCGGCACAUAUCAUGAUGCGACGGAACUAGAACGCGAACCAGAUCUGAAAGAAUCAAAAGUGGAAACGAAGCGCUUGAGCCUGCCGGCGCCGCCAGCUUCAGCGCCGCCACGAUCGGUGAUUAGGGAAGAGGUCGUUUAUCGCUGAGAAGCCUAGACGAAACAUUGGAGACGUUUGAUUGCUGUGAGAGCAGGUUCUACUGGUCUAAGCGAGGCGUUUUGGAUGCUGUCUUUAUUUACUUUUCGCUAGCAUGAGCCUUCGAGGCUGGAUGGGGUGCUUUGAAUGCCACCAUUUCUCGGUUUCUGUAACGCAUGAUGUGCACACGACUUGACGGCCUAUAUACCCUAGAUACACC